AUGUAUACCAUCGCGAUCAACGCCCUCGUCGUUGCGCUUGGUCUUGUGGUCACCCUCCGCCUUCUCAAAGGACGUGGUCUCCAGUGCAUUGGCCUGGCUCCCCAUCAAGUCCUCUUUCCGGGACCGUCGACUGUGCCCUUCUUUGGAAACCUUUUGGAGCUUCGUCAUGGACAUGCCAGAUGUCUCGCGCGGUGGGCGGAUACAUUUGGCCCUAUAAUGCGCAUUGUUCUUGGCGACCGUGAAGCAGUUGUUUUGAACACUCACGAGGCCGUUCAACGCACUCUAAUAGCCCAAGGCCAAGCUUUUCAAGGUCGACCUGAGACCCGAGAAUACCAUGGCUUCUUUACGGUGGUCGCUGGCGAGCAUGAGUCUCCCCCAACAAUUGGCACUUCGCCGUGGACUAGUCAAGUCUCUGCACACCGCAAGCACCUUGGAUUGCAGAUAACAGGCAACAAGCAUCGGCGGUACGAUGCUUUUGUGGCGCGCCGCCUCCACGGAUUUAUCAGCCUCCUUGCCUCGGAUGCCAAAAAGGGUCCGCGCGACAUGGCCGCUGCAGCCUGGACAACGACGAUGGGUCUUAGCGUCGACAUGUGCUUCGGAACGCACAUUAGCGACGCCGAUGCACGCGCGAUGGCGGACAUCGAGCUCGAGAUCUUCCGCGGACCGCGCAGCAUCGGUCAGCCUUUGCACGCCGCCGUCCCCCUUCUCACCAUUGGGCAGAAGAUCUUGCGUCCCGCGCAUGAUAUCCUCGGCGCUAUUGGUCUCGCUGGCUUCCUCGACGACAUCAUCCGCGGAGAGGAUGCUGCGAAGGCGCUCCGGGCCACCGAGAUUGGUUAUGCCGCCCGCCUGAAAGAUGGUCUUCACACGCGUAUACGGGCAGGAGAUACGACCCCUAGCCAGCUUGGUGACAUCUUGCGCGCAGAAGGCGACUCGUACCCAUCGGCCAACGAGUAUAAGGUUGCGUUAUCCUUGAUCAGUACUGGCACAGGUGUCGGAACACUCGUUCUUUGGACAGCUGGGCUUCUCGCAUCACGCCUCGACUUGCAAGCCACGGCCAUGCAAGCCAUUCAGGCGGAGUACGGCGACGCCAUUCCCGAUCCGCUCGACACGGGCCGAGUUGAGUACAUUGCCGCCCUCGGUACGGAGGCAGGUCGCUAUUUCGCCAGCCUCACCCUUGGUUUUCCGCGCGAAACUAUUGAGGACGUAGAAGUAGGCGGAGUGUCCAUUCCGAAAGGAACGAUCGUUAUGCACAACACCUUUUCUAUCAAUCGGGACCCUGCGCGGUAUGAUCGUCCAGACGAGUUCCUUCCCGAGCGCUGGUGCAAUGGGCAUUACGGCCGUGUUGCCCAGAAGGACCCAAGAGUUGGGGUUGCCCAUAUGAAUAAUGGAGUAGGGAGGCGUCAGUGCCUGGGUAUGCCAUAUGUCAAUAAGACACUCUACGGCAUGAUCAUCCUACUAGUCCGCUUCUUCAAGCUUGAGCGCGCAGAGCUCGAUGAAGAAGGCCGCAAGGAGGUCUUCCCGGCUUACCGCGCUACCGGCACGGAUGCCAGCGCGGAGAUGGAUCCCAUCACGGACCAGGCGUUAGAGUGCGCCGCGCAGGCUCUCCCACGGGCUACUGGAGUUAGGCUCAUACCGCGCGACUCGGCGGAGCUUGCGCAUUGGCUUGAUGGAGGUUAUGAAUCUUCUGGUUACUUCGGUUCGCAAGAGAUGGACGAAGGGUCGCGCUGA